GACGAGGCGGCAAUGCGAGGUCCCCACUCUUUCCUUCUCGUACAAAAUUUCCUCUUCCUUCCCGUUAGUGGUUGUAUGUCGGCUCUUUAAUAACACAAGAAACCGCCGCUUUAGAGUCAGAUAAAAACCCGAUGGUCUCCAGACGUGUCGAGGGAAGGAGCCCUGCCUCGUGUGUGUUUUCUCCCGGCGCGCUCGAAUCUGCGCGAGGAUGGUGAAACCUCGGAGGGUGCGAGGGCGCGCUCCGGGCAGGUGGCUGGGGCGGCAGGCGACGUCGGGACCGGCCUCGCGAGGAGCUUUUCCCCACGUUUUCAGCGGAUCGGGGGUCUUCCAGACGGAAGCCCUCUCGGUGGUGAGCGAGGACCAGUCCGUUUUCGACACCGCCUACCCCUCUCACAUGAUGAAGGCGGAGAUGACCUCGCCAGGGGGCUUCAGCCAGGGGUCCAAAGAGAGCCCCGAGUCUGUGGAGCCGGAGUGGAUCAGCCAGGGAGGCCGGUUGGUGAAGAGAGAGGGGGAGCAGGUCAACGGCUCCAGCAGGGAAUCCCCCGUUGACUGCAGCGUCACCAAAAGGACCCGGAUCGCCAACAGCACAGAUGGGAACCAUCUCAUUUACCAGAACUCUUACCCAGAGCAGAGGUCCAGCCCGCAGAACACGGCGGUCAGCAGCAACAACGACGAGAAGAGAGUCAUCGUCCCAGCAGAUCCGGAAGUGUGGACGCAGGACCACGUCAGGCAGUGGGUGGAGUGGGCCAUCAAGGAAUACAGCCUGGUGGAGGUGGAGGUGUCCUUGUUCCAGUCCAUCGAUGGCAAGGCGCUCUGCAAGAUGACCAAGGAGGACAUGAUGCGCCUGACGUCGGCCUACAACACAGACGUGCUGCUCUCGCACCUGAAUUACCUCCGGCAGAGUAGCCCCACGUUCUCAUACUCCACAACCACAGCCAACACACAGCCACAGCCACGGCUUCAGGUUAAAGCAGAAAAUACCUUUGAGGAGAUCAGGAGAAACAACUGGCAAUCUCCAAUAACUGCAGUGCAGAAAGGCUCUCCCACACAGAUCCAGCCCAACACCCGAGUAACAGAACCCUCUCCACGCCAUGUUCCAGAUCCUUACCAAGUCCUGGGACCCACAAGUAGCCGACUGGCCAACCCAGAGAGUGCACUGCCACACCACAAGACAAGAACAGGCAAACACGAAACGUACAAGCUCGUUGACUCCAGCACUCACAGGAUUGUGGGUUCUGGGCAGAUCCAGCUGUGGCAGUUCCUGCUGGAGCUCCUGUCCGACAGCAACAACUCGGCCUGCAUCACCUGGGAGGGCACCAACGGGGAGUUCAAGAUGACCGACCCGGACGAGGUGGCCCGGCGCUGGGGGGAGAGGAAGAGCAAGCCCAACAUGAACUACGACAAGUUGAGCCGGGCGCUGCGCUACUACUACGACAAGAACAUCAUGACCAAGGUGCACGGCAAGCGCUACGCCUACAAGUUCGACUUCCAGGGCAUCUCGCAGGCCCACCAGAACCACGGCAACGAUUCCGGGGUGUUCAAGUACCCCGCCGAGGUCCCCUACGUCCAGACGUACCACAGCCACCAGCCGAAAGUGAACUACAUUGGGACGCACAGCUCCCCCAUGCCUGUCACCUCUGGGAGUUUCUUCGGACCUCCGUCGCCUUACUGGAACUCCGCGACCGGCACCAUUUACCAGAGUCCGGCCGUGCCCAGGCUGCCCGGCACCCACGUCUCCUCGCAUCUCGGCACCUACUACUGAGCCGCGGAGACGCAGUUUGUUUGCGUCCCCAGCCGAACGGACGAGCUCCUCUCUGACUGCGCUCUUUCCCGCCAGACCGGAUCGCGAGAUGUCUUUGCCCCCGGGGGGGGGGGAGAUGAGCUCCGGCCCGCCCACCCGCCAAGGGGGCGUGUCUCUCCCCCGCGCGCCCGGAUUGGCGGGAGUCACAUCAAGGAAACGGCCGUAGCAAAAUGGCAGCAGCAACAAACACACCAACGAAAAAAAGGCCACACUGAAUGUGUUGCAGCACAAGUGAACCCCGGAAAAGUUUCCUGAAAUUAGGUUUAUGCCAGGACUGUGUCACAAAUACAUAAACAUGGCCUUAUAUACUGCAUACUACUCAGAAAAACGUCCAUGUUAUUUCUCUAUGUCUUAGUAUUAUUUUUAUCUCAAUUAUAUACUGUAUAUAGGUGUAUUUUUGACCACUGAAAGCUUCUUUUUUUUAAAAUGUUUAUCAACACGUCCUUUGUUAUGUAGAAAGAAAACCCCUCUUGCUCUUCCUCGAUAGCGGUGGCGCUUUACAAAAAACACUGUCAAUGGGAUGGCACUCGUUUUUCAACCUCCGCCCUGAAAAACUGAAACAAAAAAAAAACAGAACAAAUUAAGAAAGGUUGUAAAAUUUUUUUAAAAAAUUUAAAACUAAGCCAUCAAUUAGUAAAAGGGAAUAUUUACACUGACUCAUCCAUUAUACUUCCUGCAAGGAUGACAUCUCCAUUAGCUCUGAAAGAUGUUUUUGUAUUGUGUUUAAAAGAGACUAUGUGUGGACUCAUUUCCACUGCUGUGCCAUGAUGAGAAUCCUGGCUGUUAAACGUUUCAAUGUUCAUUCAAGGGAAGACACAUGGUUUGCACCUGAAGCUCUAAAAGUCCUCCUAUAUAUUUGUUAUCAGAACAGAGCACUGUUUGUUUCUUGCACCACAACCCAGACAUUCGUCUUAUUCUCUGACGUUCUUGAUAACUUUGAUGAAAACGUUCUUAUGACAAAGAGGAAGUUACACAGCCAGAGCUCCAGUGGGUCUGCAGAUACUGUACGUCUUGCAUGAGAUAGUCUGUUUAGGUCUCUUAAACAUUGCAAUGUCUUCAGGUUUGGACCCAUUAUUAAUGUAAAUAUAUUUCAGGUGACCUGAAGCAGAUUUAAUCCAGAUCUUUUCCUGCUGCUUAAUUGGUGGAUGGAAACAGCAUUUUGUUUCCUACAGAGUUCUCUUUUUGUAUUCUUCUGAAUAAGUAUGUUACCUUUGUAUGUUAAUGCCACAGUUUGGAACGAUACAUUAACCAUCCGCAAUGGACCGAUCCUGGGAAUCCACAAUAACACGCACGCACACGCACACAAAUAUUCCUCUUCCACAUUCUCAGCCCCGUUCCACAGCGCUUGCCAGAAACAGAAGCAAACUAGCAAGACUGUCUCUGCAUUAACAUUCGCCAAAUGUUUCUGAAGUCCCUGAUCUGCACUGAACGUGAUUUGCAGCCGAGAUUGAAACUGGACAGGUUCGGAUUCACGACGAAUUACGAUUGGACCAGAGAAGCGAGGUUAAACUAAGCAAUAUUUCGAUUGGGUUUCACAAGUCCAGUGAUCUUUGCUCUGAAGCAUGAGUGUGAUAAUGUGGAGGGGGGUCUAUGAGUGUUAGUGAUAGGCAUGCUCUUACACUUCCAGAUCUGUAGUAAUCUAGCUCAAGAAAGGUUUAGGAUUUCCCUGGUUCCACAGGAAAUGUGAUCCCUGACAGAAACUCAGAGACAGAUCUGAAAGCAAUCCUCAAGAUGUCCUCAAGAAUAAGACUUGCCAAGAACUCAGAGCAGACUGUCAGACUGUCUCUCAGACAGCAAGUGUUUCUGUAACCGAAGGAGGUUUGAUAUUUGUGUUCGCUUGUUGAAGGGGUCAGGCUUGUCCAGUCUGCCCAAGAGCUCUCAAGCCCUAUUACUUUAGGAGCCAGAUCUGCUUGCUUAUACUCAGGUGAGAUGAUUAAACUAUUUAGCCGUGCUGUAAGUUGAAGCACAGAACCAGAUGAGAUGUUGUUGUGUCCAAUGCGUUUCUCUCUUGGUGGGUCAGAAUCAACUUGCUUAUAGCAUGCUAUCCAGCUUGGCAUGUUCCAAAGCCUCUGUUCUACUACUCCUUUGGUUUUAGCAGGCAUGUAUAUUUUGAUGAGCGAUAGUUUUAGCCACUUGUCCUAAGACAGUAUUUAAAUGGCCCAUAUGAGUGAAAUCACUGUUUUGUUUUCUUCUUAUUUAAUUUCCGUCCUCCUCCCCGAGCAGGUUUUCAUGUAGCUCCAACAUCACGUCUUCAUCCAUUCUCAUGUAGCAGAAUUCUGAAAUAAACAUGUGCCAAUCUG